UGAUGAGUGGUCUCAGGGACGGACCUGAAGACGCUGCAAAUCCUGAGUCUCGCAAGCGGAGGGUUCCUUCCUGUGAUGCAGCAGGACACAGUGUAGACAAGCGUCGGCGAGAGCAGGAGGGCCACUACGUCGAGGAGCUGGCUGAACUACUGUCCUCCAAUCUCAGUCACCUUGACCGUCUGCACGUGAUGCCCGAUAAAUGCAGGAUCCUCCACAAAACUCUGCAGCAGAUUCAGCUGACCAGGGGACUGGAGCAAGGGAAGGCAGGAGAAGAUGGGGUGAAACAGACAGAUGAUUCAUCCAGCAGUCCGUCCCUCACUGAGAGGGACUCACUGGGACCUUUGCUGCUCGAGGCUCUGGAUGGGUUUCUCUUUGUAGUGAAUGCUGAGGGCCGGAUUGUGUGUGUCUCGAAGAAUGUCACCACGUACCUGGGAUACAGCCGGGAGGAGCUGAUCAACACAAGUGUCUACAGCAUCCUGCACCUUGACGAUAGGGCUGAGAUCACCAGCAAGCUGCCCAAGCCCCAGGAGAACAGUGUGCAGCAGACAGCAGUGAGCAGUGAGCAGAAGAGCUGCGCCUUCCGGUGCCGGAUGCUGGUGCGAGUAGCCCGUGAAGCAGAGACAGCCGGCCAGGAUGUGGGACGGCAGUAUGAGUUCAUGCAAUGCUUCAGCAUGUUGCGGCCUAGCUCAGGUGAUCUCCCACCCUGCUUGGUCUGCAUCGCUCGGAGGUUACUGAGGCCUCAUCUCACUCCCGAGUCCUUCAUCACCAAACAGGACACAACUGGAAAGAUCAUUUCCAUUGAUGCCAAUGCUCUGCGGGGCUCUGGGAGAGUGGGCUGGGAGGACAUGGUCAGAAGGUGUAUCCACGCUUUCUUCCAGCCCCAGGAGCAGAGACCCUCUCAUGCUAAACAACUGCUGCAGGAAGUUCUGAAGAAUGGAGCAGCAACAAGUGUGCUUUAUCGGUUCUCCCUGAGUGAUGGCACGGUCCUUCGAGCCCAGACCAAGUGCAAAUUGUGCUACCCUGUUAGCACAGGUGGUCAGCCCUUCAUCAUGGGUGUUUACAGCGUGUACAGGGAGCAGAGUCUGGCUGCACCUCAGCAGACCCUCAGUUCGUGCCCAUCAGUGCCUCAGUCAGUGGAUCAGAGUGCCGGUCCAGCUCACAGCUCUCCUCCCUCCAGCACCAAUCCAGGACUGGCCAUCAAACUGCUGCAGGACUUGGGCUCUGGCAGUACUGGUGCCAGUGGUGCCACCAACCUGCGGUGUUCACCUGGAGGACCGGUGAACCGGGACUCGUCAGCUGCCCAGAGCAGCCCUGCAAGCAGUGUAGGGGUGUCAGGUUUCCCAUCGCCUCGAGCACAGGGCAGCCCUGGGAACACCUUCUCCCCAGGUCCCUCCCUGGUGUCCUCACCCACUGAACACUUCAGCUGCAACCCCAACCACACCCCAAAUCUCACCCCCACUCCCAAUACCAACCUCGAACCAAACUCCACACCCAGCCCCCACCAGCCCCUCUCUCUCCCUGCUGAAGAUUACUCUGGAGCACCGAGUUUGCCAGUGAGGCAACCCAUGUCCAGCGCAGCGAGGGGAACGGCGUUGGACUGCAAGGUGCUGCCCUGGUGUGGAGCUGAGGGAGUCCUGGGCUUCAGUCCUGUGAACCAGGCCUCGGUCUCUGCACGUCAGACUGAGAGCAGAAGCUGCCGGGAUGUGAACCGAGGCAAACUCCUGCAGCUGCUAACCAGCAGCCCGGAGCAGACCGGCCCAGGAGACUGGCGUGUCGAUCCUGUGAUGUUCCGUGCAGACUCGGCGACAGAGCACCAGGGAACCCUGCAGCACCUUCUGCAGGAGACUGUUGCCUGCCACGUCCCACUGCUGCACCAAUACAGGAAGGCCACUCACUGCGGCCAGGAGCCGGAGAGUCAGCCGCUACUGCGGCACCUGCUGGACACGGACGAGCCCAGGACACCCGGCCUCAGCCUGGACAGUGUGAAGUCAGAGACGGCCAGCAGUCUCUUGUCCUGCACAUCGGAGCGGGUGAGCUGGCUGUGGGGAGGGAGCGGCCGCAGGGUGGGAGCCGGCCAGGAGGCUGGAUGGCGGCCACGCUGCCGUGACAGGCCUGAGCCACCAGGGCCCCGAGCGGCCACCCGCGGGCCCGCAGGUCCCCCCGGAGCACCACGUACUGCACCAGGCCGCCGCCCGCCGCCAUCCCGACCCCCGGCUCCGGCCCCCGGCCCCCGGCUCCCGGCUCCGACCCGCCCACCGGAAGGGGCGGCCGCUCGGAGCCGGCGGUCGGAGGCGGCGAUGGCGGGAAAUCUGAGGAUCCUGGAGCAGCUGGAGCAGAUUGCCGAGCAGCAGGCAGUGAGGUGGCAGGAGGCCCAGCAGAGGGAAGGGCAGCUGGAGCAGCUCCAGGCCACCGUGCAGAGACUCCGAGCACAGCGCGACCUACUGAGGAGCAGGGUGACUGCGACGCCUGCUGGGAACAUCCUGGACGUCCUGGCUCUGUCACAGUUGCAGUCCGUGCCACAGCUGUGCCAGGAGGAGCUCGCCAGCACUGUGCUAAUGGAGAAGCUGGGCAGUGCCCGCAGUAUUCUUCAGGCUUAUCACCUGACAGGGAUCAGUGCUGAGGCGAGGGACCCCAGCACAUUCACCUUCUGCAUCAGCACAGCCUAUGACAACAUCUACCUGGACUCCUAUCUCCUGGACAUUCAGGUCCAGCAUCCUCGCAAGGUUGUCCGCCACAACGUACCCGCCUUUAUCCCUGUGGAGCAAAUGGCGCACACCUUCCUGCAGCAGGACCUGGCACGCUUCCUGGAGGCACUGCACGAAGCCCUCAACGCCUACGUCAGCAGGAGAUAUCAGCUGGAACAGCUACAGGAACACCACGCCGCCUCCGUGGUGAGCCAAAUUCAGAAGAAUGCAGCCUGCAAUGUGUUGAAGUUUCACUAUCCCAUUUGGUGUGGGGAUAUCCAGCAGAGUGUUCUGGUGAAGCUGGUCUACGAGGAUCUUGCAAGUUGUCUUCCAACUGGUGCCAGCUUCACCUGCACGGGAGUGGCUGCAGAAUCUGUUCAGGAGAAGCUGGAGGGUCACCGGCAGCUGUUCUUGCGCCAGCAUCUUCACCAUGCGCUGGACAGCAUAAAGCUUCAGGAAGAUGUGGUCCCAUCAUGCGGCACCUCUCCACAACACAAAGUUCAGGCACUCUCUGCCACAGCGGGUUACUGAGGCUGCUGACACCAGACCCCACGCUGUGGGAGGGGGGACUAGGGCAGUAGAGUUUUGGAAUGAAGCCCUAGGUUUGCUCAGCUGGAAGAAUAGCAUUUCUGGAAUAGAUUUUAUUUUCUGUAACUUUUCAUUGUCAUUGUCCACCACGUAUAAAUGAUUGUCACUUUCAAACCUGAGCACCUGGAUUCAGAAACCAAUGCUGAGACACAAAGUUCACACUGCAGGACAAGGUCGCUGUACUGCAGGAAGGGAUAUGCGGAGGUGGGCAAGCGUUAUUGUAAGGGCAGUGCUAAAGACACAGCCCAC